AUGGAGAUGUGUCCCAGAGACGAGAGGCGACUGCAUGUGUUCAGGUAUUUUGCAAGAAUUUAUGACUCUAAUAAAGUCCUCUAUUUACGUCAUAUUGUAGAUCCAGAUUCUGAAGACGUGGCCAUCAUUGAAGGCGACAUUCGUCUACCCCCAGUGGAGUCUGCGUCUGCUAGCAAUGAAUACUCCAAUGCUGUUCGCAACAAGUUUAGACUGUGGCCUGGAGGAGUAGUACCUUAUGUAAUAGAUAACAACAUAGGUAAGAAGAAGAAAAACGAAAACAAAACAUUUUCCCCCCUCUUCACCGUCCUCAUGCCAGUUAGCCUGAGUAUAUAAAAUGUCAGUAAGUCCACAGCAACAAACCAACGAGUGGUGCCGGAUCUCCCACUUGUAGACCUGGAUCAGUACAAUUAAACUUGUAAAGAAAUACGUAACGGCAAAUUGAUCCUUACGGCAAGGCGAUGAAGAAGUAAACAAAGGAAUAAAAACAAAAAACAUAUAUAUUGGCAAUUUGUUUAAAUAUAUGUGUUUUUGUUUUAUUCCUUUGUUUACUUCUUCAUCGCCUUGCCGUAAGGAUCAGUUUGAUGUUUCAUAUUUUUCUAGCCUGAGUAUUUGACGUUCCUUAGGGAUUAGGGAGGAGGGUGUUUUAAAGGAAAGCGGCACUGUCUGCCUCUUUCGCUUGUUUUUUCCCCUUCCUUCCCUGCAGGAACCCAAUGCCAGUUGUAGCUUACCAGCGUUCUAUGACGGUCUUGUCAAAUUCCUAAAUAUCAAGGGAUUUUUGUAGGCGUACAUCCUAAGAAAGCAUUUUAAGAUUCUGGGGAAAGUAUUUUACGUUUGUGGAGGAGUGAAAGACAUAAUCUAGAUUUUAUCAGCUAAUUUAGAGUUUCAAAAGUAAGCCAUUGGUCACAGCGAAUCCGCCUGCGAUUACUGACAAGGUUGAGCGAGCCUCUUCAUAGGAUUCUUAGUUGACUUGUGAUGUUAUACUAUGGUAUUCUAAAUUUUGACCAUGAUUUCAGAUCCUUAAACUUGUUCUCACUUUAGUAAACCGUACAAAGCACAUGGAGGCUCUACGAAGGGCGAUUGAAAUCUGGGAAAAUAACACCUGCGUCAGGUUUAUUCCGCGGACAAAUCAGCAUCGUUACGCCUACAUCUAUUACGGUCCCAAAGGGUAAGAGAUCUUUUUUGAAGCGUACGUGUUGUAAUCAGUAAUUAUUUGGAUUGACUGCUCUGCAAUAUGAUAAAAUGAGAUGCAAUAAUAAAUAAAUAUCUUCUCACGGCAGUGGGAGAAAGAAAGAGCCUUGGGUCUCCGGUAUGAUUCGAACAUAUGACAUCCCAGACACUUGGUGGGCACCCUAUCUAACUUAGACGCGCCGGAGAGACCUCCAGUGGAACAAGGCCAGUUACUUGGAUUAUAAGUUGUAGGCGUCCUGCAAACUGCUAGGAUCAGCUGUUUGGAUAUGUGAAAAAAACAUACGUGAAAAAAGAAUUCAUAACAUGCUGAUAAGACUGUUCACAGUCCCUGAUUAUUUGUAGGAUUGUCAGGAGCGACCGCCUACCGGCCACCUUCCUUUCAAAUGGUUUAAGGCGGUAGGCCGAAACCAAGAUGGCCACCCGCAAUGGUGGGUGCUCGAUCCAGACAAUCCUAUGGAAAUAUAGGGAACUGUGAACUCAAUCCUAUAUUUCGUGAAAAAAAAGGGCCUUUUAAAAAUCUUCGAAGAAUUUAGAGCAGAAAUUGAUGUGCCCAAGUAUCGCUGCUAGAAAGUUAGGACCAAUGUAAAACCCUGGCACAAUUUUUACCACCUGAUCUCAACAGGCUUCUGUCUCAAAAUAUGUAAACAUCGAAUGACAAUCACCGCUGUAUUCACAAACGGUAUUCUUCCUUUAAUCGCUGUGUAUCAUUCUCUAUCCUGUGAUAUGUAAUCUUUAUCUGCCUCUCUACCCCCUUUAAUUUCUUUCUGCCGCUACCUCGGUGCCGCUUGUAGAUGGAUCGCCAGGAUUAUUAACUCUGUCCAGUGCUGUACUUCCAGUUUCUAAUCUAGUAAUGUUUUAUGUAAGAGACCUAUAAUUGUACAAUCGUAGCUCAAGUCCCAACCUCAGGUUUUGGGGAUUUUCUUUCUCUUAAAUGAUUGCCUUCCACUCUAUUAGGCGGGUGAUCAGAGCUUUCUGCCUCCUUGACAGGCCUCGCUCUUGGGCUUCAAGCCCUAUCUCUAUAGGGGGGAGGUUGGUUUUUGGGUGCCAACCACGCGCCACCGCACGCCCAGAAUCUGUAAGAGUACUCCCACGUGAUUCAUACUUAAGACCUACAGGAACUUAGAUCGGUGGUGCUAUUUUGGACACCUUCCAAACAAGGAGCGUUUUCUAGGGGCCGGGUGCACAUCCCCAAAUUCCGCCGACGGGCCAUAAAGGAGCCAAUAUUAAAUAAAUGCAUUUUUAAUUUGCCACAAGAGCAAAAAAAAUAAAAAUAAAAAACUGACAAAUUAAUACCUUUUUAGUCGAGUAGCAAGUGUUCCUGAGCGAACUCUCGCUAUAAUUUUACGCUUACCUCACCGAGUGUUUCUACGUAAAACAAAACCUAGACAGAGACUAGCCCCUGUCAGUGACUGAUAUGCUUCGCUAUUUUUUUUCAGUUGUAACUCUCAUGUCGGUGCACUUUGGAGCAAACCCUCAAAGGUAUCCCUUGGUUCACGCUGCUAUCUGGCUGAAAUAGCAACACAUGAGCUUGGCCAUCUCCUUGGUUUUGGACAUGAGCAAAACAGACCUGAUAGGGAUCAGUAUAUUGACAUUUUGUGGGAAAACAUCGAUACAGGUCACUUAUUUCAGUGCUUCAUAGUUACAUUUUCUAUUUUUUUGUGUAGGAAUAGAAGUAUCACUUGAAACCAAUUAUAAUUAGGUUUUGAUAGACUGUUCACAGUCCUCUAUUUUUCCGUAAGAUCGUCGAGAUCGAGCACUUUGCGUUUCGGGCUGCAUCUUGCGUGAGUGUCAAAACUACUUAGGGGGCAGGGGGCGGUUUGGGAGGAAGCGAGAAAAAUAGAGGGACUGUAAUAACAUCACUGCAGCUCGCGUUCAGGAGGCGUGACAGGAAUUUCACGCCUUUUACCAUUCAUUAAUUAAGAAACUCCGCUGGCGAUGAAAAACAUGCCAGACACAUUUAGCAUCGAUUACGUGUGUUUACAAAUAUCUCCUUUCGAAACAGUGAUUUUAUAAUGUUUCUAGGCCAUUCCUACAAAUAAUAUCGGCAAAGAGGCACGAAAGAAACAUCUUCCUAAUCGAAUUGCUAAGCUUGCUCGCUUGACCAUAGACUAAAACGGUUAAAACGUUCCGAUAAAAAGCCAGGCAUUUCUGACAGGUCAUCUUUUUUGCGUCGGCGUUGCGUUAAAUUUCAUUUCGUUUGGCAGAAACUGUGUUACAACAUUCCCGCGGCCGGGCUGCUUCCAAAGCAUGUUGGCUUACGUGAUUCAUCCGCAAAAUACCAAAAAUCGUUCGUGUGUUUGCGCAAGGUGUACCUUAUGGUAUGAAAGCGUGCAUUUUACAGAAACGACGACUUGUCAACGACUUGUCAGUGUCGGCAACUUAAACUAAACCCGUUGUCAACGCAAAUUAACAUCUAUUGUCUAAUGACCAAUCAAACGCCUGCGUUGCUGGUACAACGCGCUCCGUGAACACAAACUGCAGUUAUGUUAUUACAGUCCCUCUAUUUUUCUCGCCCACCUCCCCCUAGAGCUAUAAUCCCCCACGCCCGCCCCCUCGGUACAUUUGAAAAUCAAGAUGGCCGUCAUUAACGGUAAGACGUGCUAUAUCUCAACGAUCUCACGAAAAAAUAGGGGACUGUGAACAGUCUAGGUUUUGAUUAUGGCGCAAUUUAUACAGUUAAUAAAAGUUCUCAUUAAGACCUUUCUUACUGGCCUGGGUUGUUUAAACUUUACAUAGCGUUAUCAUAUCCAGCAGAUAAGUAUUUAGGAAACCAAUUGCGUUAUCCAGCGGAUAACAUUAUCCACUUUUUGAACAACUGAGGCCACAUUUUCCCUGUGACAAUCUUGCAAAGCUAAAACUAACAGUCAGUAAUAUUCCAUCAAUUCCGAGGGUUUUCAGGGCGUGUCACUGUAUCUUGUUGCAAAAAUCCACAGCAAAGUAGAGUAGAAUAGGAUUUCCAGGAAUGACAGAUGAGAUAACGGAACUUACAACAGACGCCCUUUAAUCAAUCCUGGUUUCUAUGUGAUUGUCGGGAUCGUCCCGAUCGUUUCAUGAAAAUUUCGAGACGAUCCAGACGACUGGGAGCCUUGCUAUCUUCUUUUUCUCUCGAUUUUGCGGCGUCGAGAAGCUAGAAGAGUUCCACGAAAACAUAGUAUCACGUCGAGAACUUGAUGUCACGGACUUCUCUAGUUUCAAAUAGCACCCAUACGCGGUGCGAACAUUUUUGCAUUAUUUUGUUUCGACUCUCGAUUACUGGUAAGGAAUAAAAGUGAUGCCUGUUUCAGGAUAUCCUUCGCGGAUCGUUUCAGUCGUCUGAGAGCGUUUGCAUAUGCCAAAUCGCUUCGAAAUUUGCACGAUCGUCCGGAUAGAACUCUACUCUGUCCAAGCGAUCGAGGUCGUCUCAGUCGUCCAGGUCGUUCGCGAUCGUCCGGGUGGCGUUUCCAUGUGAUCGUCCAGAUCGUCUGAAUAUUAUUUGAGACGACUGGGACGAUCCAGACGAUCAUAUGGAAAUCAGGCUUUUUAAAGCUUAAAAGUUAAAAAGUUAAAAUUAAAACUUAAAAAAGUUUAUUAAGGUAAAAGUUAAAGUUAAAACUUAAAAGUUCCAGAAGUGACCAACAUCAAUUUUCUACUAACAAUUGCAAUAGUCUCACUAAAACAACAUUUUUAAAUUACAGCUAAACAUAGAAUCUUCAGAAAGAGUAGGCACUGGUUCUUCCAAAGUCUCGGAGUUCCUUAUGACUACAGUUCCAUAAUGCAUUAUAGCCGCUACCAGUACUCCAAAAAUGGCGAACCAACAAUGGUAUCACGUGACCCUAACAUUCAGUGGUUUGGGGGUCUCAUCCCAAGUAAACUGGACAUAAAACAGGUUAGUCGGCUUGUCAGGAAAUUUUUCCGUCAGUUAUAUAAUUGGCUAGUCUUGUCGCAAACUUCCCCCAAAUAUUUAAUUGCUAGCCAUCCAAAUACAGCAUAUUUAAGUUGAUAGUCUUGUAGCUCUAUCUCUACUUAUGUUUUCGUACAUUGAUAAAGACGUAAAGUUGAUAAUCCAGCCCAGGAUAAAUGUAAAAGCUCAACUACUUUUCCUGCCAAGUUUGUUUUUUAAAACAAUUUCUUGUUUCUGUCUCAUUUCAGAUGAACCUUUUGUAUUCAUGCUCAGGUAUAAAUCAUUUCAUUGUUUCUAAUUAAUCAUUACAUCUCGAAUGGCGUUCAUUUCAGAAAAUUGAAGCAAGUAUCUCACUACCAUUGUUCUUGUUCCAGAAAUUCCUCUUUUUCCAAAACACUUCUCUCUGCGAUCAACUUCUUCGCCAUAUCUGAACUGUAUUGCAAUGAAUCAGUCACAGGACACAGAAUGGGGAGUUAAAUAUUUGUGCUACCGGACGAGCAUGAAAAAACUACACUUAUCAUGGUCGUCUAAUGGUCCAAUUGGUGGACAGGAUUGUAUCAACACUGCCAUGCCUUAUCAACGUACUGCCAAGCUUUGGAACAACAGUUUCCUUUGCUUACCGCGUGACAGUUUGUUGAAGCUACGUUGGUCUGUAUCUGGGGAAUUGAAAGGAUGGGGUUGUCUAUUUAUGAGGAAUGGGCAACACGCAAGGACAAGAUACUUGCUUUGUGGGAAGACCAAGUACGAAAAGAGCGGUAAGCUUGAUUUCUUACAGCCUGACCUUUCCUUUUUUUUCUGGGAUACAAAGUCUUUUUGAACUACUAUUUCAGAGACCUCGGUGAAACAGAUAUGAUGAUCAUCAUCAUCACCAUCAUUAAUAUUAUUAUGAUUAUUAAUAAUCGGUCAUGAAUUUUGGGAAUCUUUAUCCAAAAGGAUUGAAUUCAGUCAAUUUUCAACUAUCCAGGUCAGUGUAUGUGACUUACUGAAAAACAAAAUACCCAUCCUUUUACUGACCAUUCAUAUUUUACAACUGCGUCUGGUAUUUACUAUUUAAAUGAGAGCAGUAGAGGCUUUAAGGGCAAAACGUUUGGUUACAAAAUCUGACUAAACGUUUGAUCAUUAAACAAAAAAAUGUUUCUUUAAUCUCUAAUCAGAUGGUGGCUGGUCCAAAUGGUCCUCUUUUGGCCCUUGUAACAAGAAGUGCGGUGGAGGAUUCAGAACACGCGUGCGAUCAUGUGACUCACCCACACCCAAAUAUGGUGGAGACCCAUGCAAGGGAAAUUACUACGAAACAAUUUCCUGUAACACCAAUCGUUGUCUUGGUAAACUGAUCAGUUCUUUUUAUAUCAUUUAUUUCAAAAUUCGUCGGUAAAGAGCACGAUGACAGACAGACUGGUAAAUCGACCGUUGAGUUAAGGCCCUUAUUGACAAGUUAACAGGCGUACGCUACACUUUUUUUACUGUUAUAACAGAUUUGUUUGAAUGUUAUUUUGAAGACCUGAUACAGAUAUGAUGGUCAUCAUCACCGUCAUUAUUAUUAUGAAUUAUUAUUAUUAUUAUUAUAAGUAUUAAUAUCGGUUUUCAGUUCUGGGAAUCUUUAUCAAAGCUGAUUGCAUUCAGUCAAUUUUCAAAUUACCAGGGCCAGAACUAAGAGAUUUUGGAUUGUAGCCGAUUAUCUACUUAAUUGUUUGACUCUCGGAUUCUUACUAAGGAUAGACGCUUUUAACUCUUUCAGGGUUUCCUUCAUGGCCGCGUGAUUUCACGUUUAUGUUCAUAAGCUUCACUCCAAGACGAAAAAUGUGCAUCCCCAUAUAUGAGAGAUACCAGUAUAUUUACUGGGCAAAGGCCAAACUCUGCUGGGCCAGUACAAAGAGAUACAUUGACGUGCGAUGGUCUGAUAAAGGGCCUGUAGAAGACAUGCGUUGUACUCAGAUCAAACAGCAAAGCGGAAAGUAUCAAACUGGUGGCUGGGAAAACAAUUACCUUUGUAUUAGAAAUGCACCUUACAAGUGAGUAAAUGUAUAUAGGAUGCUUAGGGGAUUAGAGGACUUUUGUGAGAGUAAGGAAGAGAGUAAGAAAGCGUAAACUAAUUUUCGUUUCUGAGAUCUCCGCUUCUUAACCGGAAAUUUCCCCUGAUGAACAGAUACUUUCCGUUAUUUAACCUCAGCAGUGUUUACAGCACUAAUGCUAGUGGGGCCGAGCGUGACGAUUUUUCAGUCUCAAACGCAAAACAAUGCAUCUUUCAAUGCCUGAUUUUGAUAGUCGAGUGUGCCUCACUUUCGUUGCUGUUCACUCGUUGCUGUUUAUCAGUGAUACUUCUCUUUGAUGGACGUUUGUUCGUUUGUCUGCUAAAUAAAACAAGGGAUUUUGACUUAACCCAAAUUAUAUUCAGUUAGCAAUCAAAAUGAUCCCGUCGAGGGGCGCUCAUUUCCCAUCCAGGAUUGGUUAUCUCGUUUUGGGCGAAAAAGGCAUGGUGACUUCGGUGUAAAUACACUGCAACUUCCCAUGAGACCACGCGCUCCUCCUAAGUGUCGUAAGGGACGCCGGGAGGAGACGACAUGACCAGUUUGUUUAAAAUUUCGAGAUGAAAGGAAAAUGAAUUUUGGAUCGCAGGAGUUCAGUUUAUAUUUUUUAAUACCAACGCCACUUAGUUUAAAGCUUAUAAAGUAAAAUAUAUAUGUAUAUAUCUUAAUUCCAACAACUAAAGGGAGUAAAAUUGUUAACGGCUGCAAUGUAAUCGUUCUGUGCAAGUAAUUAAUUUAAUUUUUUUUCUUGUUGCAUUCAGUUUUAGGUGGUCAACAAAUGGCCCUAUCAAAGGAUUGGCAUGUAUAAGAUGGCAAAACAACGCGUUUGCCCAUCGAAACCUUUGGCAGAACAAUUAUCUCUGCGCAGAAGAAUACCCUCGGCCAACACGGUGUACGUUAGAUUCUUUGAGAGUAAAAAUAUUGAUCUUUUUUCAACUUGGAUAGAGUAGAUAAGAAUUUAACUUCAGCAACAUUUGCCUACAAUUGACAAAUUGAGCGAGACAAUGAUACUGGAUAGGGUUAAAAAGAACGCAAAUUCAUUUUUUUAGUGACCUUCUCACUGCCGUCUUGUCAUGGUUGCUUGCUGUUGUUUCUCGUUUACUUAAGGUGGCUGAACACAGUUUUGUGGGCGGUCAGCGGUAACUCGCGUGACGGAGCGUGUUUCAAAUCAGACAAACAAACAUGGCGGCGAAAAAGCAGUGGUACACAGAAGACGGUUUCUCAAAAUCUACUCAUCAAAAUUUUCGAUAUUUGGCAGAAUUUUACUUUUAUCGUAUUUUAAAUUAUGAGAACUUUAAAAUGGAAGUUGAACAGACGAAUUUUGUGAUACGUUUAAUAAUUACAGUACAGUACUUUUAAUAAUUACAGUACAAAUAACCCGUCUGUUAAAAUUUGGUCAAAUAAGUUUCAAACGGUAAUGAUUAACUGUAGUAAGCUGUGCGCAAGUUUAUAGGAAGAUUAGGAAAAUCUAAUGAGCGAAUUUUAAGGUUGUAUUCAAUCGUUCAUGUUGCCAUGGAAACUACGGAAACGUCAAAUUUUACCUGUCAAUCAAAAUCUUUCAUCAGUAUAUUUUUCACUUGCCGAGUUUCAGCUUGUGGGCUGCAACCUUUCCCUUGCCAUGAUUUGGCACAAACUGCCAAAACUGUGUUCAGCAACCUUAAGGUAGACGGCCUUUUUUCAUACAUUUUAGUCCGCGUGACGUUAUCAAAAAAUUUUCUCUUCACCAUUCAUGGGGGAGCUUGCGCGUUUUAAUGACGCUGUAAACAUUACCGGUGGGGGUUUAAGCUCCUGGCAGUUCCAACCAUGCCAGGCUGGUUACAGGGCCGGGGAGGGGACAGACUAAAAGCAGCACCUAAUCCUCCAGGUUUGGUGUGGGGCUAACAGCCCCAACCGGGAAGAACAACAUCUUGUUACCAAAAAUGCAACAAUACAAACAACACAAACAAACCCUGGGUCCAAUAGGGUGAAAGCUCAGGAUAGUCCCAGUCCGGAUGAAGAAGAUGAGUGAGUGAGUGAUUUUUUAAGGAAAGUAUACAUUCUUUUGACUGAAAGAAGCUGUUUCUUGAGUAACAUCAAGUGGUCUGAAAUGAGUGAAUUAAGAAGCUCAUGUCGUUCACUAAAAACAAUUAAACAAAACAAAACAACAAUAUCAUCAUCAUCAUCAUCAACAACAACAACAGAAACCCUCUAGUUUCAAAAUGAACCCAAGCGCAAAAACUUUUUGUAUAUGUGAAAUUAUGAGUAUAUUUGCAUGAAAAUGGAAACUAAUUUUCACAUCAAUGACUUCAACUUACAUACAUACAUACCCUCGUUUUGGGAAAGAGGCUGGAGACAACUCAGAAAUGGCUUAUUAUUUAUUAAUUAAUGCCUUUAUUUCAGACUAUAUGUAUUCUCGGAACAGCGAUAUAAUCAAAGGAAAACUGAAAAACCUUUUUAUAGUUAGUAUUAAUCGUCAAGAAAUACUAAAACCCGUUUGAUUUUAUCCUCUUUAGCUCUUAGCACAGGUUGCUAUCCAGGAUGGCGUUCUUUUGUCGUUAACAGCGUUCCAUAUUGUUACCUUUCCUUCCGCAACAAACAUCGGACCUGGGAUGAAGCGCGGAAAUUCUGUAAAGAGAAGAAAGCGACACUCGCCAGCAUCAAUAGCAAACGGGAACAGGAUUUUGUCAAACAGAUUAUCCCAGAUAGUGUGUGGAUUGGUCUUUACCAUAAACAAGAAUGGGAAUGGACGGACGGGUAGGAAUAGCGAUGAAAAGAACCACUUUCUUAAUGCUGACUAUAGCCUGUGUAGAUACCAGUUAGUUACUAAUGUAAAGGUUUAUAAAGGUACGGAAAAACGGGCAACACAAAAUGUGCAACUUGUCUUGCAACAUUGCUGCAAAACAAGUUGAAUGGCGAUGUUGCGCGUUUUACCACCCAUGUUCAAACCUGUUAACAACCUGAUUUGUUGCAAGACAUUUGUUGCAAGACAUUUGUUGCAACAUCGUUAUUCAACUCGUUUAGAAGCAAUGUUGCAAGACAAGUGGCACGAUUUUGUUGCCCGUUUUUCCGUACUUUAAAAGGCAACAAUUUAAAGUUACGAGUACUAAUUGAUGACACUAUUUCUACUUUUCCUAAUGGAGAGGGGACCGUCAUUUUUCGUGGUCAUGGGAGCCACGAUAAGGUCUAUGCGAUUGCAGGGCAAAGGAAGUACCUGCAUUUCUUAGUUAUUUUAAGACCCUGAGUAUUGGUGCGGCUCCAAGAAUCGAACCCACGACCUCCCGCUUUGCAGUCAAGCGCUCUACCGACUGAGCAAAUCCUGCCGCGGUCAAAGUAAAAUAAAUGUUAAAAGAUUUUGUCUGAAGAAGACACUCUUGUGAUGGAAGAUAAGCAGAUACCGCGAAAGAGAUCUAGAAAAGAAGUCUUUUCUCAAGCGCACCUGUGUCUCUAUAAUCCUCCGUCCCAACACGCUUUGAUGAGCAAUUUACGCAACUUUUAUGAAAAACGGGAAAUCGGUGUUGCUAGUACUACUUUUCCGACACCAAAUGUUAAAUUGAUUAGCCUUUUAAGAAUUCUAAAACAUAGUUUUGGUCUUAUACUCUUCAUCUCCUUGAAAGUAACAAGUAAGCUCAACGAAUGGCCCAAACUACAGUACAUAGACAAAUCACUCACUACUCCACAUAAAGACCGGUGCUGUCUUUAUACACUCUCCCCUUACCACCACAAAGAGGUUCUAUCUCAUUUAUAUUGCGCCCUCUCUCUAUACCCAGUAGAAUAUGAGUAUAAGAUCUUAAAUAUCUUUGUUGGUUUGUUGUACACUUAAAGCGAAGUAUUUUAACCCUAACCAAAAAUUUUCGUUGUUAAACUUCUGUCAAGCUCAUCAAAUUGAUGAUGGUUUGUAUAAGCUCGACUAAUGUCCCGUUCACACCAACUAAACAUGUUUCAUUAAACUAGGUUUUAAAGAAAGAAAAACAGACCCAGUAAACUGGAAUAUAGGGUUCACACAGGAUUCAAAUUAAAUUCAACAUGUUUUGUAAUUUGCACUAAAUCUACAAUCAAUUCAGUUAGUUAGCAGCUUUCAUGAAGGAAAGAAGAUUCACACCAUGUUCAACUAAACAGCUUUUAAACAUGUUUAAGCUUCGGUAUGAAUGGCGCUUAAGUCAAGGUGGCACCUUAAGAGCAUGCUUGUUAUGACCACCUCCCUGAGGUGCUCCAAAGGCUCCUCCUCCUAAGUGCUUAGUGUUCCCUGAGCCUCCCUGGAUGAAGCCUUGUUGAUCAACCCCGGGGCUUAGUGAUCCCCACCUACUUUGCUGCUGUGUUUCUCGGCUUAGUAAAGCCUGCAGCAUCUGUAGUUCCCAUUGAUUUGCUGUGCGCACCGGGAGCAAAGUAACUGAUCAAAGGAAACUGAGCAAAGUAUCUGGUGCCAAAACCUUCAUUUGUUAGUAACUGUUGUGUCAUUCUGGUCAUCUCAGGAGCAGCGUCACCUACGUCAAUUGGAGUGCUGGUGAACCCAACAAUGGCGGCAGAUCUAAUGUAACUGAGGAGUGCGUGGUGAACAUCAGUUUCAGUGGAAAAUGGAAUGACUUCCCAUGUGACACGAAAUUUAACUUCAUUUGCAAAAUGAAAGCAGGUCAGUUG